CCAACGUUCAACGGAGACAGAUUUAUUCAUUUCCAUUAAGAAUUUUAAAUGAUGACGCUCCAAAAGAGUUUGGGAAAACGAUACACAGGUGACCUUUGAUCCAUAGUGUGGAUCAUCCUAUCCCUGGGAGAGAUUGUGUCCAGCAGAAGGGGGAUAUCUGGCACUGUCUGGGGAUGGAGAUGGAGAUGGAGAGGUACCAUGGGGACAGCUUCACAGGGCCCAACAUCACCAACAGCACAGGAGCCCCAGCCAGCGCUCUCCCAGUGGUGGUGUUUACAGACAGGAUGGUGGUGCUGGUGGUUCUACUGGGGCUCCUCACCCUCCUCACUGCACUGGUCAACGGUGCCGUCAUCACAGCCAUCUGCACCACCAAGACGCUCCACCUGCCUGCCAACUACCUCAUCUGCUCGCUGGCGUUCACUGACUUUCUGGUGGCUAUCCUGGUGAUGCCGAUCAGCAUCCUCUACAUUGCCACGGAGACCUGGUCGUUGGGCCAGGUGGUGUGUGAGGCCUGGCUGAGCGUGGACAUGACCUGCUGCACCUGCUCCAUCCUGCAUCUGUGUGUCAUAGCGCUGGACCGCUACUGGGCUAUCACCAAGGCCAUCGAGUAUGCCCAUAAGAGGUCAGCCCGCCGGGCAGCUGUCAUGGUGGGCAUUAUCUGGGUCAUCUCUAUCUUCAUAUCUAUACCUCCCCUUUUCUGGAGACACAGUAGCCAUGGCCCAAAACAGUGCAUCAUAGAGCACAACCAUGUGGGCUACACCAUUUACUCCACUUUUGGGGCAUUUUACAUCCCCAUGUCCCUUAUUCUCAUCUUGUACUAUAGGAUUUACAAUGCCGCAAAGACACUUUACCAGAAACGGGUCUCGUCGCGGCACCUGAGCAGCCGAAGCACUGACAGCCAGAACUCUCUGAACCACUGCCGCGUGGCACACACCUUCUGCAUAUCGGACCUGUCCACCUCAGACCCCACUCUGGAGUUUGACAGGCUCAAUGUCACCAUCCGUAUCCCUUCAUUUGAGACAGAGAUGGAGGCGGCAGAUGAGAAGCACCAGAUCUGUACCUCCCGAGAGAGGAAGGCAGCACGUAUUCUGGGCCUCAUCCUUGGGGCUUUUAUCCUCUGUUGGAUGCCUUUCUUUCUGAAGGAGCUCCUUGUAGGCUUACAGGUCAUAACUGCCUCCCAACAUGUAUCUGACUUCUUAACCUGGCUGGGCUACAUCAACUCACUCAUUAACCCUCUCCUUUACACCAGCUUCAAUGAGGAUUUUAAGUUGGCCUUUAAGAAACUGCUCAGACGAAAGGAGCAUGCAUAGGUUUGCAGGCCCAGGUUGAAUGUACAGUAUUGUCCCAUCAGGGAAUGUAUGAGGGAAAGUGACAUGCAGUGUGUCCAUUGGCUAUAUGACUUGUGUGAUGUGGUU